AUGAUCAGUGACGAUCAAUUGAACACCUUGGCAAUUGCAUGUGGUGUCGUAACGUUCACACUGAUUGUUUUAUACCAUGCAAUUUUGUCGACCACCAAAACUCGUGUCAAGAGCACCUAA